AUGGUGUCAGGCAAGGCAGGGACACUGGCCUACAGGGCCAGAAAGCUGGCUAAAGGUCUCAGCACCCUAACCCUGGGAGGUCUCAGCACCCUAACCCUGGGAGGUCUCAGCACCCUAACCCUGGGUGGUCUCAGCACCCUAACCCUGGGAGGUCCCAGCACCCUAACCCUGGGAGGUCCCAGCACCCUAACCCUGGGAGGUCUCAGCACCCUAACCCUGGAAGGUCUCAGCACCCUAACCCUGGGAGGUCUCAGCACCCUAACCCUGGGAGGUCUCAGCAACCUAACCCUGGGAGGUCUCAGCACCCUAACCCUGGGAGGUCUCAGCACCCUAACCCUGGGAGGUCUCUGCACCCUAACCCUGGGAGGUCUCAACACCCUAACCCUGGGAGGUCUCAGCACCCUAACCCUGGGAGGUCUCAGCACCCUAACCCUGGGAGGUCUCAGCAACCUAACCCUGGGAGGUCUCAGCACCCUAACCCUGGGAGGUCUCAGCACCCUAACCCUGGGAGGUCUCAGCACCCUAACCCUGGGAGGUCUCAGCAACCUAACCCUGGGAGGUCUCAGCACCCUAACCCUGGGAGGUCUCAGCACCCUAACCCUGGGAGGUCUCAGCACCCUAACCCUGGGAGGUCUCAGCAACCUAACCCUGGGAGGUCCCAGCACCCUAACCCUGAGGCGUCCCAGCAACCUAACCCUGGGAGGUCUCAGCAACCUAACCCUGGGAGGUCCCAGCACCCUAACCCUGGGAGGUCUCAGCAACCUAACCCUGGGAGGUCCCAGCACCCUAACCCUGAGGCGUCCCAGCAACCUAACCCUGGGAGGUCUCAGCAACCUAACCCUGGGAGGUCCCAGCACCCUAACCCUGGGAGGUCUCAGCACCCUAACACUGGGAGGUCCCAGCACCCUAACCCUGGGAGCUCUCAGCACCCUAACCCUGGGAGGUCCCAGCACCCUAACCCUGGGAGCUCUCAGCACCCUAACCCUGGGAGGUCCCAGCACCCUAACCCUGGGAGGUCUCAGCACCCUAACCCUGGGAGCUCUCAGCACCCUAACCCUGGGAGGUCCCAGCACCCUAACCCUGGGAGGUCUCAGCACCCUAACCCUGGGAGGUCUCAGCACCCUAACCCUGGGAGGUCCCAGCACCCUAACCCUGGGAGGUCCCAGCACCCUAACCCUGGGAGGUCUCAGCACCCUAACCCUGGGGCGUCCCAGCACCCUAACACUGGGAGGUCCCAGCACCCUAACCCUGGGAGCUCUCAGCACCCUAACCCUGGGAGGUCCCAGCACCCUAACCCUGGGAGCUCUCAGCACCCUAACCCUGGGAGGUCCCAGCACCCUAACCCUGGGAGGUCCCAGCACCCUAACCCUGGGAGGUCCCAGCACCCUAACCCUGGGAGGUCCCAGCACCCUAACCCUGGGAGGUCUCAGCAUCCUAACACUGGGAGGUCCCAGCACCCUAACCCUGGGAGGUCCCAGCACCCUAACCCUGGGAGGUCUCAGCACCCUAACCCUGGGAGGUCCCAGCAGCCUAACCCUGGGAGGUCCCAGCAGCCUAACCCUGGGAGGUCUCAGCACCCUAACCCUGGGAGCUCUCAGCACCCUAAACCUGGGAGGUCUCAGCACCCUAACCCUGGGAGGUCCCAUUACCCUAACCCUGGGAGGUCUCAGCAACCUAACCCUGGGAGGUCCCAGCACCCUAACACUGGGAGGUCUCAGCAACCUAACCCUGGGAGGUCCCAGCACCCUAACACUGGGAGGUCUCAGCAACCUAACACUGGGAGGUCUCAGCACCCUAACCCUGGGAGGUCUCAGCACCCUAACCCUGGGGCGUCCCAGCACCCUAACCCUGGGAGGUCUCAGCACCCUAACCCUGGGAGGUCUCAGCACCCUAACCCUGGGAGGUCUCAGCACCCUAACCCUGGGAGGUCUCAGCACCCUAACCCUGGGGCGUCUCAGCACCCUAACCCUGGGAGGUCUCAGCACCCUAACCCUGGGGCGUCUCAGCACCCUAACCCUGGGAGGUCUCAGCACCCUAACCCUGGGGCGUCCCAGCACCCUAACCCUGGGAGGUCUCAGCACCCUAACCCUGGGAGGUCUCAGCACCCUAACCCUGGGAGGUCUCAGCACCCUAACCCUGGGAGGUCUCAGCACCCUAACCCUGGGGCGUCUCAGCACCCUAACCCUGGGAGGUCUCAGCACCCUAACCCUGGGGCGUCUCAGCACCCUAACCCUGGGAGGUCUCAGCACCCUAACCCUGGGGAGUCUCAGCACAGUAACCCUGAGUGUCAAGCAGCUCAGCAGGCUGCUUACGUCUAAUUACCUUGGUAACCAGUUUAUAACAGCAAUAAGGCACCUCGGGGGUUUGGGGUCUAUGGCCAAUAUGACUGUAUCCAGGCACUCCGCAUUGCAUCGUGUCUAA